GGAGUGGCGUUAUUCGCUAAGAAGCACAAGAACUUUACCGUCUCUCUCUAUCAUUCGGUUGCUUUCAAUAUUCGCACGCUAACAGCUCUCCGCAACUGCGAUCUUCUCUACAGAGCAAAGCAGAUAAUCGAGGGGAAGACAAUGGUGAAGGACAGGAAGGUCGGAGUGGCCAUGGAUUUCUCAAAGAGCAGCGAAGCGGCGCUGAAAUGGGCCAUUGAUAACCUAGCCUAUAAGGGGGACACUUUCUAUAUCAUCCACAUCAAAUCUCACGCCUCUGAUGAAUCUCGCAAUAUGCUCUGGUCUCAAUCCGGCGCUCCUUUGAUUCCGCUGUCCGAGUUUCGCGAGCCUGAGGUGAUGAAGAAGUACGAUGUUCAGACUAAUAUUGAAGUUCUCGAUUUGCUUGAUACCGCUUCUAGGCAGAAAGAGAUAACCGUUGUUGCAAAAUUGUACUGGGGUGAUGCAAGAGAGAAGCUCUGUGAUUCGAUUGAAGAUCUGAAGUUGGAUUCCUUGGUUAUGGGCAGCAGAGGCCUUAGCACCCUGCAGAGGAUUAUCAUGGGAAGUGUGACCAACUAUGUACUGACAAAUGCAGCCUGCCCUGUGACUGUGGUGAAGCAUCCAGAUUUUCACAAGCACUGAUGGAGGAAGAGAGCUGAUGAAAAGUGAGUUCCAAACAUGAAUAAGAUGGGGAGCUUUUUAUAUUUUAUGUUAAUGUUCUUGUGUGUUUGUACUAUCUAAAGAACAAGUGGUGUUCCUACCCAGAUUGUGUCUGUAUUAGACUUAUAUAGAGUUUAUGGUGUUAAUUUUAUUUCUUUGAGAUGUUUCUCUAUAACUUUUUUUAAAUGUCAUACCAUUUUGUUGUUAUCGGCA